AUGGCAUCAGCAUACCUCCGAAGCACACCUGAACUGCAGAAAUCUCUCGUCUCGGUCCUGUACUAUGGUCUUCUUUCUUUGACUAAAGGCGACAAGCCGAAUUAUUCUCUUCUGUUUGAUCAUCUUUACGGUUUGAAGAAUCAAGCUAGCAGUUCUCAGACCUCAAUCUUGGCAGACUUGGUCACUAACACUUCCUUACUGUCCAAGCUAAGGACCACAAUCACCGGAAAGAACGCAGAGCGAGCACAGGGCCUGGCAAACACUCUUUCGUCCCUCCUUUCACCCUCGAUUGCAAGACCCAAGAGAACGCGCAAGGUAAAUAAGAGAAAAGGGAAGGCGACAGCAGAAGAGUUUGGUCAUGGUGCUAUUUCGGGCGAGCACAACAUUCAUCGAGUCGGCUUCAUAUCACAAAUUCAGGAUCUGUUCCCAGAUCUUGGAUCAGGAUUCAUCGCCAGAUUAUGGAACGAAUAUCACGACGACCCAGAGCAAGUUACCGCCCGUCUCCUUGACGACUCGCUGCCCGACCACCUACGGUCUCUCGAUCGGACCGAAGAGCUGUCAUAUUCUAAGACAGAUGCUCAACAUACAGAGCAGCAGAAGAUAGAACAUCUGGCACCGCGCAGUACACCGCCUCCACAACGCCGGAAUGUCUUUGAUGAUGAUGAAUUUGACCGCCUUGAGGUGGAUGCAUCACGCCUGCAUCUGGGCAGAAAAAACGCAAAGCUUACUGCAGAUGCUUUGUUGGAAGACAGAUGUGCUGCGCCCGCAAAGAGCGCAAUUCUUUCCGCAUUGGCUGCAUUUGACUCGGACGAUGACGAACGCGAUGAUACCUAUGACGAAGCAGAUGUGGGAGGUUAUGUUGAUUCUGCAAGACCAGAUGGCGAAGAAUCAAGAGACACGGAUACAGGAAAUCAGGGAGAAAAUGAGGAAGCACUGUUCCGUGCCUGGCGCAUGGAUCGCGGAGUUUUUGAGCGGACGUCUGACGUUCGUCGUAGCUCAGCUCGUGCUGCCCUCAAGAGUGAGACUGGAAUGCAAGACGAAGCCAUCGAAGGCUGGGCGAUCAUGCUUAGUCGCGAUCCGAGACGCCUCAAGCGAUUGGAAGCAAGAUAUUCUGCCUUCAGCGGUGCGCAACCGGAGUUGGAGAGGACUGCCUACAGGGAGAGCGAGGCCACCGAAGAUUCAGACAAUGGAGCUGGUGGUCGAGGCGGAAGAGGAGGAGGUCGUGGAAGAGGUCGAGGUGGACGCGGACGUGGCAGAGGCGGUAGAGGUGGCGGUAAUCCAGCCGGACCUCCUAGUGAGAGUAAUACCCAGGCUGCCAGGCAACGAAAAGAGGCACGUGGAUCGAACCGAAGGGAAGGAAGGGCUAGGAAAAUGGCCAGAGCUGGCUUCGCUGGUUAA